UGGUUCAGGUUGGCCGUAGAUGUCAGAGGCAGAGCAACCGGUGGAGAACAACGAGGUGGCUCCUGACGCUGAUGUCGAGGAGGAGUCCAUCUUCAUAAAGAAAGAGAUAACCGUGGAGAUGGAUCAUGCCAACGGCAGUUUACCUCAAAAUGCCAACGCAGAAACAGCUGACGCUGAAGAGGAGAAGAGCGCCCAGCCCGCUGAUGAAGAUAGGACCGAGGAUCAGGUACCCGAUAUUACGGGAACGGAUUACGUUGACCCUAUGACAACAAGCAUGGAUGGCAUAGAAGAUCUGCCAACGAAUGAGGAAACACAGGAGUAUGGCGAUGCCAUAAUGGAAGAAGACGAAGGAGAACAUAUGGAAGACGAUGCAAAAGAUCAGCCUGCCCACCACAGUCGUGAAGCACAUUACUCACCAGGCGCUGCAGAUAGUGCCAGUGAAGGAUUCCGGACCGCACAUGACGACGUUCCUGCCCUAGCUGAUGACGACGUUGACAUAAACGAUGAGGUGUCUGGAGAGCAUGAUGCUGCCGCUGCUGACGCGUCUGCAACUGAACCACCAGCAACCGAAGCAGAUGCUCCCGUAACCGAUGACGCUGCUUUGGCUGAGGAGACGCCAGCUGCUGCAGAAGCACUACCUGCAGAGGAAGCGGCGGACGCUAAAGAUGCUCCCGUGAAUGCUGAUGAAGCGCUAGCGACUGCUGAGGUCCCAGCAGCUAAUGAGCCCUCAGCAGCUGACGGGACUUCAGCAGCUAAUCAAGCUGCGGCAGCCGAAGAAGUGCCUGUGGCUGAAGAAGCUCCAGCGGCUGCGGAAGUUCCAGUUGAAACAUUUGAGUCAGAGUCUAAAGAAGAGGCUGCUCAUGCAGAUCAAUCCGCUGCUGCCGACGAUGCUUUACCUCCUGAAGAGGCUGCCGAUGCCAAAGAUGCUCCAUCGGAUGUAGCCCUUGCAGCAGAAGAGGUUGAAGAGAAAAACGAGGCACCUUUGGAGGGAGCCAAAGUAGAGGACCAGAUGGCUCCUCCCGAGCAAAAUACCACUCCGGAAGGAGGAAAGGAUUUUGAGCUUCAAGCUCCUCCAGAGGGUAAACGCCCACGGACUCCUAAUGAACUCGACACUCAAGCGGAAGACACAACUGCGAAGAUAGCCGUAGAAAAGGAGGACAAUGCAGAAGAAGUUCCAGCAGUGAAAGUGACUGCUGAGCCCACAGAAGCAAGCCAAGAUGCCGCACCAGCCACUCCUGCAGCCGAAAAGUUCGAGUCUGUGCCACAGACGCCGAAGUCGACUGGAGGUUCAAUUCCACCUACACCGAAAUCAGGAGAAACUUUUGGCACCCCGGCCGGAUCAGUUCCACCCACACCAAAAUCUGUAACAGCAGAAGCUGCGAAAACUAAGGAUGAUUCUGUUCCACCAACUCCAAAAAAUGCACAAGAAGAGGCAUCAAGAGGUUCUGUUCCGCCAACACCCAAGGAAUAUUCUCAAGCUGGAGGAACACCCGCAGGAACGCCGUCAGUGAAGGCUGAAACUCCGAGAUUGGCAUCACCCGCGUCGUUGGCUACGCCGAAGGCUACCGGUACCCCAAAAUCAGCAGUUGCCUUCAGUUUUGAUGAAACCCCGGCCACUCCCAGAGCAGAUUCGGAAGCUCCUUCGUCACCAACGAAAACUCCACGUACCCCCAAAUCUGCACGCACAGCUAGAGCCAAGAAGGGAAAGCAUCAUAAGGAUGAUGAACAUGCUGACGAUGAGGCGGCUGUAGAGCCUGUGCAAGAAGACGCCGUUGGUGAAGUCAAACAUGAUACUGCGCCAGAGGAAGCGCCGGCUGGUGUGACAGAACCGGAACAGCAGGAACCUGCUCAGGAUGAACAUGCUUCAACUGAGGAAGCUCCUUCCCAAGAGCCAACUCAGCAAGAGCAACCUGAUAAAAAAGCUGAUGCAGUUACGAAUGAAGAAGAGGUGCCUCCACCAGUCAAAGUUAUUGAAACGACGGCUGAGCCUCCUGCCGCUGAAAGAGAAGAGAAAGUGGAAUCGAGACCAGCUCGUGCUCGUGCUGCGUCUCCAUCACCGCCACGUCGCGCUGCUAGAGCACAGUCUCCUUCCCCAGAACGACGCCCAGCCCGUGACUAUGUCAGCUAUGAUCAGGACUCUCAUCGUCAUAUACCUCCACCGCGGAUCCCCACUGCAACGUCGUUCUCAUCCUGGAGUCCGCCAGACAAACAGACUUACUCAGCCGUCAGCCCAUUUGUCUCAAAUCCCUACAAGUAUCGAAAUGAGUAUACCGCUAGCUCCACCUAUCGUCCAAACAGCACGUAUAUAACUCAAUUCGACGACAUCGUUAACACAGGACCUUUUUCUUCCGCCCUCUACUCAACCACCAGGCUGAUUGAAAGAUCGCGCAGUCGAACUCGUGAGCGUCGUCAAGCAAUGCGAUCUCAGAGGUCUGCAUCCAACUACUACAGAUAUCUGUUCGACUCGUACUCGUCACAGUAUCCUGCUCCGCAGCGCACUCGCGAGUAUUCGACGCCACCAUCACGCGAGUACAGUAGACCACCUUCUCGAAGUGGUUCGUUCAUCUCGUUCCUAGAAUACUCCGGAUCCAAAAAUGGCGAAUUGUCCCGCAACGCUUCGCGCUCGUCGAUUUACGACGCUCCACUUUCACGUAGCUACUCGCGACCCGAUCUAUAUGUUGGUGCUGGCCGUCUGUCUCGUGUGGACAGCUAUGUACGCGAUCUUCACACUCCGUACGAGUACGAGAUGCCAUCUACUUAUGAUCGCUACCGCUCGUCCUCACGAUCUGGUGGCUACUCGACGAUGAGUGGAUACACGAGCUACAAUUCCUCACCAUCCUAUGUCGAUACCGACACUACCCGUCGUUUCAAGCGGUACCAGUACGACACGACACCAAUGAUCAUGAGCAUGUACGAGGGACGGAUUGGUCAACUGGAAAGAUCACUAUCCCGUGAAUUGAUAAACAAGGACAGGCUGCGUACCGAGUACAGCCAGCUGUCCAGUAAGCUGAACCAGGCGCUGCGGCAGAUGGAGUUGCUGAGGACCAACUCGUACUCAAACUACCGCUCCUCUUCACUUCCUCGCACCAGCGUCUACUCUCAUUUCUAUCCCUACUACUAGGUGGUGCAGAAGCCAAAACUUUGCCAGCUAAGCCAUUUCGACUCCAUUUAACGUGUGCUGACCGAAGCCGCGCUGAGACGCUAGGACGAGCGAGCUAAGUAGCCUGUGACGUUGAUGGAUAGUAGGAUUAAACACGAUAUAUCCUUUACGCUUUACGCUUUAAUCGGUAAGCUAUCGAUGAUGCCUACUCGUAGAACACAGCUCGAUGUUAACCACUUUAUGGAGAGCGUCGUUGAAGGUUUACAAUAUAUAUGUUUUGGAACCAAAUGUACUAUAAUCGUCCAGUUGUUUUAGAUUGCUUCUAGCACAAGCGUUUGUUACCUAUGUCUUGCUCUUCUCUGUUCUUACAUAUUUUUGUAUGUCUCGCAAGGCACGCCUUUUAACGCCAUUUAGGCGCCAGAUAUCUAUGAUUUUUCACAGGUCGAGAGUCAACAAGCCUACAAGCACCAUUAACGAGCAUAUGUUCAUGUUUAGCGCUACUAAUCAUUUAUGCUGCUAUGUUUGCAUCUCCAAGU